AUCCAGAAAUUACAUUUCAAUUUUCUCUCUCACACACACACACAGUCGAGCAUUCUCCGCUUCUCCUCAUCACGAGGAAUCAAAUUUGAGCGCCGCGACAAGCAUGGCAUCUCUGGCGCAGCAAAUCGGCGGUCUGAAGUGCCCGCCGUUUUUAGCAGGUAGGAAGAGUAGCAAAUUCUUAUCCAACUCGAAGUCGGUGCUGCCGCGGAGGAGAAGCGUGAUUACAGCGGCUUCAGUCAUUGCUAACGCCCAGACGAGAGAGAGAAUGAAGCUGAAGGAGAUGUUCGAGGACGCCUACGAGCGCUGCCGCACCGCGCCCAUGGAAGGCGUCUCCUUCACCGUCCAGGACUUCAAUGACGCCCUAGAGAAAUACGAUUUCACCUCCGAAAUUGGCGCCAAGGUAAAAGGAAAGGUUUACAAUACUGACUCAAAUGGAGCAUUGGUAGACAUAACUGCAAAGUCAUCAGCAUACUUGCCUCUAAGAGAGGCAUCCAUCUAUAAUAUCAAACACGUAGAAGAGGCCGGCAUUGUUGCUGGUGUGGUUGAAGAAUUUGUGAUUAUUGGAGAGAACGAGGCUGAUGAUAGUUUGAUAUUGAGUCUUCGUUCAAUUCAGUACGAUCUCGCGUGGGAACGAUGCAGACAGCUUCAAGCUGAAGAUGUUGUUGUGAAGGGUAAGGUAGUUGGUGCUAACAAAGGUGGUAUCGUGGCACUUGUGGAGGGUCUUCGUGGUUUUGUUCCAUUUUCACAAAUAUCAACAAAAUCGGUUGCGGAGGAUCUUCUAGAAAAAGAACUUCCUCUUAAGUUUGUGGAGGUUGAUGAGGAACAGUCAAGGCUAGUCCUCAGUAACCGCAAGGCCAUGGCUGAUAGCCAGGCACAGCUUGGAAUUGGUUCUGUAGUAGUCGGCACUGUUCAGAGCUUGAAACCUUAUGGUGCCUUCAUUGACAUUGGGGGAAUUAACGGCCUUUUGCACGUCAGCCAGAUAAGUCACGAUCGUGUCUCAGAUAUAGCUACAGUUCUUCAGCCUGGUGACUCUUUGAAGGUUAUGAUUCUUAGCCAUGACCGGGAGAGAGGUCGCGUCAGCCUAUCAACCAAGAAGUUGGAGCCUACUCCUGGUGACAUGAUUCGCAACCCUAAACUAGUUUUUGAGAAGGCCGAAGAGAUGGCUCAGACUUUCAGGCAACGAAUAGCACAAGCAGAAGCCAUGGCUCGUGCUGAUAUGCUAAGAUUCCAACCUGAGAGCGGAUUGUCUCUAAGCUCUGAAGGGAUCUUAGGACCUCUGACUUCAGAGCUGCCAGAAGACGGUAUGGACUUGAGCGACAUCCCCCCAGCAUUAGAUUAAAGAACGACAACCUCAUCUUAUUCCUUUUCUUCUCUUUCCUAUGAUUCAUUGAAGGGUUUUUAACCUUUCAAAUAUAUGUAAAUCGAUCUACCUCUUCUAAAUUGCAAUCUUGUUUCAACAUUAACUUUAUUCAACGAUUUGGCAAAAUUCAAUAAAGCAUCUGCUGGUAUUGAACAAA